UUUCUGUGUUCCAAAUUAUUCACGUCAUCUUCAUAUCAUUGUCUACACAAUCGUGCGAGAUGAGGUUACCAGCGUUUAAGUGGGCCCUCGUUAUAUUCUUUCUUGUAAAAACAACAUCGAGCCAAGAUGACGACUUUCCACGGUGGACAGACGGAAUACGCGCUGUGCUCAACGGAUGCCCGCAAAUGCCAUGGGGAAAUUUUAAUAGCCGGGAAUUACUUCCCGCCCUUCAUCGCUGUCUACAGCAUCGAACCAUCGCAGCAGUCGAUACCUUAUUGAUGGACGACGUUAUACCAAUCCUCGAUGGGGUUAAUUUGGUGCGGUACGAGGAUCUGCAGUCUAAUAAAACAGCUGACACGAAAUUUGACGGAGAUCAGACGAAUAAUUUGGAGAAGAAUGUCAGUCCCGAAAACGAUAAAGUUUGGCAACGAGUAGUGAUAAACAGACUUACACGAUUGUUUCGAACACACGUUUUGAAAAUAGACAUCGAUGAAGUUUCCAGAGCCACCGGAUUCAUGCCGAGCAAUGCAAACGAAAAAAAUGGGGAAGAUAUCAGUGAAGGUAGAAGGCGCCGCCAUAAAAAUAGAAGCAUGUUUCCCAUGAUGAUGAUGGGCUUUCUUUUCAUGGGCUCGAUACUAAUCCCAAUGGGAUUCCAAUUCCUUGCUGUCCUCGGUGGCAAGGCGCUGAUCCUGGCCAAAAUGGCUUUGAUACUGUCGAGCAUUCAAGGUCUGAAGAAAAUUGCCACCAGUGGAGUAAAUUACGGAUUGUAUCACACGCCAACUGUAUCCGAGAGCUGGCACGACCGAUCAACUCAUCAAGAGAUCAGACCGCCGAUCGAACCGCCCUACCAAAGUUACUUCCACGGUCGAUCGAAUCCAUAA